ACAGCUUCGCCUGACUUCUAAAGCUCGAGAGUUGAUAUGUAUCAAAAGGCAGAGGUUUCAGUGAGCUUGUAACUGAGGCAGGGAAACAAUAAUCUAGCCAGGCAGAUUUUAAUCUGUAUACUCCUAGACACUGACGAUUUAAACUUGGAUCAAAUAUUUGUCCAAACAUUGAGAUUGAUUAUUGCCCAAUUUAUUCGGAACCCGCUGAUUUGGGCUUUUGCGUCUGGUGAUGUGAUUUUGGAACGGCCUUGAUCUUCCAAUCUUAGGCUUCAGUAUCUAAAUAUUUGAAAGAAAAUGACAUUUCUUCAACUACUUGAGGUUAACGAUUGUUCAAAAGAACGGGAAGCGCGUAAUUUUUGACGGUUUUCGUCCGUCUGACAACUGACAGGAUAUGACAUAAUAAAGGAAAGUUUCACAUUUCUUUUUGAUCGUCAAUUUGAAGGAAGGAUUCGUCGAGAAAGGGGUUUUGUUGGAUUUCUUGCUAUCGUCUUAAUACACACAUGGGUGUUCUUGAAAGCAGACAAUCCCUGAUUUUGAUUUUAAGCAGGCUUCAAUGACAAGAGGAUGGCUCUCAAACGGGGGGCAUUCCCUCUUCUUCAUUCUUCUCUCUUCUCUAUGAGCAGCGUGAGAACUCGGAAAUUGUAGUAGCAUUGCUGAUUCUUCUCUACACUUUAAUGCAGCCCAGAGGCCCUCGCGAAUUGUGUCGAAUCUUGACGACUUUCUCUCUAUUUGCGUCAAGAGAGUGGGUUGAAUGCACAUGGAUGUAGAUUGGUCAUGUAGCUGCAUCGUUUCGCUCGCUGUACAUCAAAGGCCUUAACCAACGUUGCCAGGGCUAGUCACCAACUUUGCCCGGCGCAGCAAGAAAUGGUCACAAAAAAAUUCUUUUUAAUAUUUUUAAUAUCUACUGUAACGAUCCGCCUCCAUAACAUUAAUGACAAGAGGAGAGGAAAACUUUUGAAGUUGUUUGAUUGGCAUAUGUGCAUCACUAUUGUGGGAGUGUGUAUUUAAGGUUAGCCCGCGGCGCAUGCCUGCGGUUAAUUGGCUGUUACACCUGGACUUAACCGUGACUCUCAUCGUGAUCAUCAUUAUCGUCACAAAGCAAGGCUAACAGCCAGGGUCGACGUGUGUUCAAUACUAUUUGGUUGAAAGAAAAAACCAAACACCAUCGUCCGAUGCCAGUUCGUCUCAAUCCACUUACGGACUUAUAGAUUGGAUUUUAUACUCACGAUACGAAACAGACCACUGUACCUUCGACCAUCGCCCCCGUUCUGGGGGACUUACAGUGCUACUGGAUCCUGGUACAAACUCCUUGUAACGAUACCUUAAGCACACUGUCAUAUCAAUCUGGGACCUUAUCCCACUUUUGGACUAUCAUUUUAUUCGCACCACGACCCAUCAUGGUUACCACCUCACAUUGGGGUCAGUUGGUGGUGCCCCUUGUAUGCUGCUGUGUCGUGGUCGGCGGCUGGCCCGGAUCAACAUCAUCGUCAUCAUCGUCGUCGAGGAGUAGUGAGAACGAAGGCGACCAGAAUAGGAAAGCACAGGUCAUUGAGGCGUUUGAAUCGACGCUUUUGGGGAUGUUCGGAUUGAAAGAGAGGCCGAGACCACAAGGAAAAUUGCGAGUACCUCAAUACAUGAUGGAUUUAUACCGAUCACAUACAGAACAUGAAGAUGGAAUUAGUAUGCAUUUUGACUUCGAUCAUUUAUCGACGGGAACAGCUAAUACCAUUAGGAGCUAUCAUCACGAAGACGCUGGCCAAGUCCUGCCAACGGAGCACCACAGACACACAGUGAUCUUCAAUAUAUCCACAAUGCCUGCAGAAGAAGUAUUGACAAUGGCCGAACUGAGAUUGUUCCGUAAAGACCUAGAAGAGCACAGCAUCGCAAAACGCCACGCACUUGACGACAGGAAAAGUCUGGAGCCCAUUCAUUACAUGCAAAGAAUAAAUGUGUAUCAUAUUUUAAAACCAGUUGCACGAAAUCGAGACACGAUUAAAAGGCUGAUCGACACACGGUUAGUGGACGUACGAAACAGUAGUUGGGAAUCAUUUGACGUACGUCCUGCAGUAACGUCUUGGGUCGAAGUGCCAGAGAAGAACCAUGGAUUAGAGAUAGAGCUCAUAGACUCACGGGGUAGACCGUCCCCUAAUCAUCAUCACGUCCGUGUGACAAGAGAAGCUGACCCAAGUAAGGUCCAAGAACUCGAAAACGAGGAAGAGGAUAGGUGGUUUCAGACGAGACCUCAGAUAGUAACGUACAGCGAUGACGGCCGCACAAAAAGAUCACCGUCAUCAAGGAGUCGAAAGAGAAAAGGAAAGCGAUUGAAGGCGAACUGCAGACGUCAUCCGUUGUAUGUGGAUUUUAGUGACGUCCAUUGGAAUGAUUGGAUCGUCGCACCGGCCGGAUACCAGGCCUACUAUUGUCAUGGUGAGUGUCCUUUUCCACUCGCCGAACAUCUUAAUACUACCAAUCAUGCUAUCGUACAAACGUUAGUAAACUCUGUCAACCCAGCACUAGUACCUAAAGCAUGUUGCGUGCCUACAGAACUUAGUGCAAUCAGCAUGUUAUAUCUGGACGAGUAUGAAAAGGUCGUCCUUAAGAACUAUCAAGAUAUGGUUGUAGAAGGCUGUGGAUGCCGGUAGAACCAUCAACAAGACGCUCAAAGACUUACAGAACAUAACCACCCCCUGAGACACUGUGGACUCAUAGUGGAGCUCACAACUCAUUCUGGAGCAUUUAAAUGGACUCCAUGUUCUGUUAAUUUUGUACAAGGAAAGAAAAGGAUAUAUUAUUACCGCUUCCAAUGUGUGCUUUCUAUUUCCCUCAACAUCUUGAUGUGUUUAUAAAGAGGUAUGGGAAGACAAUGACAUGCGUAUGUCAAAACUCAUAAAUGUCUAUGCUUAUUUGGUGCUGUACAAAGUAAAGACAAAAUACUACUUUUAGUUCUUCUCCUAAAAUAAUUGUGAUUUGUGAGUAUUUCAGCCUAGCUGAAUCCAAAUGUCGCUUAGUAACGUCGGUACAUACAGUACCACAUUCGUCAUUCUAUUCAUAUAUUCGUCAACAUUCUGGAAUCGCUUUCAGUUUUUCAUGUGAUCUGGGUUCCGUAACACAAAGAUUAGCGAUAAAUCGCUAAAUGAACUGACUAAUCAAGAUCAAUGUUACAUGCGCAUUUGGCGCAAAAUACUGACCAGGAACCAAUCAGAAGUUUUCUUUCAUAUUAGCUUUUCAUCGCUAAUCUUUAUGUUACGGGGCUCAGGUCCUUAUUUGGUUUCCUUACGCGCACAUGACGUGAGUCUUCCUUAAUUUCUAAUGGGGAGAUUUGAUACAUUAACUGGUUCUGGGAGGGAUUUUUUAUGUAUAAAAAUGACUGCUUCUUCUAGAUAAUGAAUCACGGAGUACACACUGUAAAAAAAUAUUGGGUAAAAUUUUAACCAGCACGAGGGUAAUUAUGUGUCCAACCAAUUUGGGGCAGUAUUUUACCCAAUGCGGGAAGCAUAUUAUCCAGUAAGGUUAAAAUAUAAGCAGCAAUUACUUUAGAAUGGGCAAAAUUUUCAUCACACUGGACAAAUAGAAAUGUUGAUUGGACAAAUAAUUACCCUCAUGGAGCAUUUUUACCCAAUAUUUUUUAGAGUGCAUAGCUUUAUGGUGGACCAUGAUUAUUUUUAUAAAUAAACCUAUAUGCCUUUAAAAGAUAUAUAUGUUUUUUUACCUGUUCACUUUUUUAUGUUAAAAAGAAACAAAUAGAUAUUUGCAAUUUAUACUCAUCUUUUAAUUCAUUUCUAAACAAAUUGUUUGAUUGGUUGGCUUACAUCUCUCCUUAAUUUUGUCUCCGUCCUAUAUUUUAUAUCAUCAAGUUUAAUUAGUGCCUAAUUUUACUCACUGAAGUAAGAUUCCAAGAACGGGUUGAACAAUGAUGUCGCUUUAAACAGUAAAAAUGGUUUGCCUUUUGACUCUAUGCAUUCGAAUUUUCUUUUUAAAACUCAACAUGUAUAUGAAAUAAUGUUAUAUCUUUAUAAUCGACUUUUAACAAACCCUGCAUGUUUAUCAUUUUACUUAACGAAAUAGACGAAACAACACUUACACUGUCCUAUUAUACAAGUCAUCUACUCGUGAAAAAGGUUGUCGUAAAAUUGAUGUUCCUAUUUUCAACUUAACAAAUGCCAUGUUGCAUAGCCCAUCUAAUUGAAUGAUUUUGACGAGAGUGGCCUUAUAUACAAUGAGUAGUAUACACGUAUCAAUACUUGUACGUAAACAAUAAACAAUAUGUGACAAUACAGAUCCAAAUAAUAUAUAUGUGAAGGUAAGACAUUCAACUAAUCUAUGACAUAUUGUGAUGGCGACAGUUGUUAAGAAUUUUAUGAUAAUCCUUGGAAAUUAUAUUUCAACAUGACAUGUGUGGUUUAUUCUCAUAGUCGGUGUUAUAUGACAAAUAUAUAAUAUUCUUUCUUUUCUUUUUGUCAUGUUUGUGGGAAUAUCAAUUUUAAGGACGAGAAAAUUGUUCUUCUUAUGCAUGUGCGCACGAAUACUUAUACGGGAGAAUAAAAAGGGCACGUCAAGACUUACGUAAUUAUACCGUUCCAAGUAUAUCAUUAUUCUUACUCUCAAUUCAUUGUGAAGGUGUCUCAUAACUAUUUUAAACAACUGCCAAGCACAUAACUCCGAUGGGCUGAUAUCAUUUAACAUUCUUCCUCAGACAUUGUAUUCAUAAUAUUCAAAAUUUAAUCCGUCGAGUUGUAUUCAAUGAGUGGAAGCGUUGGAGAGCUAUUUUUAAAUUAUAUAUUUGUGUAUAUUUUUAUAUGAAAGGCAAGAUUGUUUUGCUUUUAAUGAUCCAUCGCUGUAUUUUACUAAAUAUUUUUUAUAUAUGAAACUAUGCAUUACUGCUCAAAGCUGUAUUAGACAUAAGAAACAACUAUUCAUAGAUAAACUGUUUACAGAAUGCGUCUGAUGUACAGACGUUUUGAAUUGUAUCUAUGAUUAUUUUCUUUUAUAGAAUAUUAUUUGAUUCUUUCUCUUUAUUUCAUGUUAUAUAUCGUUUUCCUCUGUUCUUCUUUUUUUUUUUUACAAAUCUUUCCAUAGCCUUUCCACCUAUAACUCUUCUAAGAGUCGGCUAUAUAGACAUUGAAGCAUUUUAAAUCAUGAGCGGGGAAGUACUAUACCGGAUAUUUAUUAUACUUUUUUGGACGAUGGAAAAAAUAAUAAUGAUAAUGUUAUUGUACUGUGCCUCUAAUGAUAAUUACUAUAGUGCCUUCGAUUCAAAUAUAUUAUUUAAGUUGUACAUGUGUAAAAUAUUGUUUACAAUAAAACAAAUAAGUAAUUACCUCAAUGAAGCUAAUGGUAAAAUGAA